AUGAAAAUUGGAAAGGAAAGACUCAAACCAAUUGCAACCCCCCUGGUUGGGUUUGGUGGAGAUAUGGUUCAUCCCGUAGGGACAAUCACGCAACCUGUGACGCUGGGGAUGACCACCCCACAGCUAGUUACUUCAUUGACAGAGUUCUUGGUGGUUAACCGGCCCUCGGUAUAUAAUAUCAUUUUCGGCCGACCUUUUCUUAAUGCAGUUCGAGCCGUAACGUCAACAUAUUACCUCAAGAUGAAAUUCCCUACACCGCACGGGACAGGGGAGAUCAGCGGAGAUCAAGCAGCAACUCGAAACUGCUACGUUGUGGCCCUGAAAGGAAAAAUGGAGGCAAGAGAAACCCUAAUCGUGGAAGAUUUUGAGGUAAGGGUAGAAUAUCCUCAAAUCAGCACAGUAGAUGAAGAUAUUACCCGCGUACCCCUACUUGACCACCAGGAGAGAUCAGUGCAGAUUGGGAGUCACCUGCCUGAAACCUUGAGAGUAGAGCUAAGCUAG